AUGUCUGUGGCCGCUCUGUUUCGGGGCAAGUGGGGGACUAAACCCCAGGAAAGCCCUGACAAGCAUGCGACCACUGCAGCUCUACCCACCCACGAGGAGGACUAUGAUGAUGAUGAUGAUGAUUCCAGGGUGGGCUUGAGCAGAGAGCCUAUUCGCAGAAACUCACGUUUUUACCGCUCAAUGAGGAGGAAGAGAAUGGCUGCCUCUGAAAACUCUGAAAGUUCUCCCAGAUCUGGUGUGGACAACACCACAUCAACAAACUCUUAUUCUAAUACUCCCUCACCCCAUAAAUCAUUGGAACUGUCCUCGGCUGCUCGACCUGCGUUGCCAAGCAAUGGUGAGGCCAGCAGCAGAUAUUAUUCUUUGUACAACAUGGAUGCUGUGAAUAAGGAAAGAGGAAGUGUGGGAGGAGGGAACGUGGACAUAUCUGCUGCCUCCUACCACCACAACACAGUCGUAACAGCUCUCGACUCGUUGUCGUACCGAACUCACAGCAUUCAAAGUGGAGACAUUAGAAAGCUGUCUGAGCAAACAACCGCAGCCUGCACCGUACGCGACACUGGAAGGACCAUGAGUUCGGGAAUGCCGAGCGCUGGUAGAGUUGACCGGGAUAACCUCAACUACAGAAUGCGGACCAAUGGAGCUUACUCGAAGACAAUCGGCCUCAACCUUGUCAAAAACAUAGGCUUUUUGUAUCAGGAAUACAGAGAUACAUCAAAGAAGCAGGAGAUUGAGCAAAGGCGUCAGCGCGAGUAUGGCCUUCCUUCCUCCAUGUUGGCAGGAUCCAACAUCUCAUCCCGUCCGGCAUUACAACUACAGCUGAGGAACAAUACCCGAGCGCUGAGCUUGUGGCAGAACCUGGAUGUGGUGCAAGCCAGUGGACUACUCAACGAGCUACCACAAAAAGAGAUUAUAAUGCAAGAGGCCAUGUUUGAACUUAUCACUUCGGAAGCAUCCUACUACAAGAGUUUGGAGAUUCUAGAAACUCACUUCUUAAAGAACCCCUCAUUGAUAAACACACUCAGCCAGUCAGACAUGCACUUUCUGUUCUCCAACAUUGAAGAAGUUAUGAAAGCCAGUGAACGGUUCCUGAUGGAUCUCGAACACCGAAUUGAAAAGUCAAUUGUGAUUUCGGAUGUGUGUGACAUUGUUUACAACCAUGCUGUGGGGCACUUCCAUGUCUUUAUCAAGUACGUCAUUAAUCAGGUUUACCAGGAGAAGAACUACAGGAGAAUUUUAGAGGGAAAUCAGGCAUUCCGGGAGACAAUGACACAAUUGGAGAACCAUCCGUGUGUCCGAGGGCUGUCCUUUACGUCAUUCCUCAUCCUUCCUUUCCAGAGGAUCACAAGGCUCAAGUUGCUUGUCCAAAAUAUCCUGAAAAAUGCUGAAGAACACUCUGAGAGGGAAGCAAAUGCAAUUAAAGCUCACCAGCGACUGGAGCAGAUUGUGAAAGAGUGUAAUGAGGGUGUUCGAAAAAUGAGUCGCACAGAGGAGCUUAUCAGCAUUGAAAAGACAUUGGAAUUCAAAUCCAAGUCUGUGCCCAUCAUCUCCCACUCCCGCUGGCUGCUCAAAAAGGGUGAAGUGCAACAGAUGUCAGGUCCCAAGACCACCAGGACAAUGCGAAGCCGUAAGCUCUACCAACCCGUCGUCUUGUUUCUCUUCAACAACCUGCUGCUUAUCACCAAGCGCAGCUCAAGUGGGGACAAAUUUCAGGUUCUUGACUCAUGCACACGAGCUAUGCUGCGGACAGAAGAUCUUGAGGACCAAGGCCAGAUGCUGGCAUGUGUCUUCAAUCUCAAAUUGCUGGAGAAUCAAGAGGACCGUGAAGUCAACUACAUGCUCAAGACAUCAAGCAUGAGUGAUAAGCUUCGAUGGAUGUCGGCGCUGACGCCAAACCCCCGCACGCGUUUUAUGUCAUCCAGCGCACACCAAUCAGACACUUUACAGGUGCAAUGUAUUCAGUCUUACUCCUCUCAGGAGCCAGAUGAACUCUCCAUUGAGAUGGCCGAUGUUUUGAAUCUCCUAGAGAGGACCGAUGAUGGAUGGAUGAUGGGGGAAAGGCUCCAUGAUGGCGAAAGAGGAUGGUUCCCAAGUCGACUCGUGGAGGAGAUCCACAGUAAGGAGGUGCGAGCUCAGAACCUGAGAGAGGCGUUUAAGGUUCAUCAUGCUCAAGAAGGAGGAGGAGCCCUGCAAGGUGGAGCAAGGAUUGGCUCAAGAGGGGGGAGACCCAUGCCAAAAGCCUCCAACCUGUUCAGUAUGUUGAAUGAUUCAAUAGGAAAGAAGUAA